AUGGCCGCUGAGAACAAGAAGACAAGCGGUCCGCCCCUCGCGUGCGCCAAGGACCGCGAAGACCUUAUUCAAUGCGUUCUGCGGACAGACUGCGAAGCUAACCUCAGUGUCAUGAAGAAGGGCAAGACGCCCGGCGACUGUAUCCGCUCCAACGAUCUGCCGCUGCCGUGCCAGCAUCUGCUCGCGAACUAUGCCGACUGCAAGAGGGGAAUGGGGGGCGAGCCGCAAGCGAGACUGCAGUAA